UUUUUACAAUCUUGCUCAUUUUCAUUUUGAUCAACCUUAGCGAAUGAAAGGUCAAGAAUGCAACGUCUGCCACGCCCACUGUAGCGCAGCGUGGAAUCUUGCUUCGCGUUGAUGCAGACAACUAGUUCCACAAGGCGAACCCGCGCCGAGUAACCGCAGCCUCGAGCCCAGAUGCGACUCUGUCUCCUCUGGGGCGCGUUGGGCGGGAGGCUAUGAUAAAGACUGAACUUGGUAACUUGCACACAGUAUAACAUAAACGCAAUUGAAUGCAAGUUAUAGCAGGGUUGGAUCGUUGUAAUUUUCGACAUUGAACCCUGAUAUUAACCUCACCAGCAGCCGAAACAGACAGACAAAAAGGACCGCUUCUUGUUCCUCCCGAAUCGCCUUUGAAUGUGAGCUGUCCGCGGUACCUGGACGGGAAAGAUGCAGCAAAGAAGAUGCGGUUUUUUUAUGGUUUUAUCCUUUUUACUACAGAUGGGGAACGCAGAUGUUUUUUCUGGUGACCAUGACCGCUACACGACCAGGACCGGUGAAGGGAGGAGGUGGUCGGACAGCCCAGUCCUGGUGUACCGUCACGUGGACCAAGAUGGCCAGGAGAGGACCCUGGGUCUGGAGACACCCGGGUGGCAGCGUGGUGGGGACAGAGACAGUCUCCAUGCCUUGGUUAACACCCUCAGUGCCCAGCACCAGGCCAGACUGGACAGCUUCAGCAGGGACAUGGCCAGGGUGGACAGCCUCCUCACCCAGUCCUCCCAGACCCAUGCCAGGCUGGCUAAGCUGAUGCCCGCUGCCCUGCUGGAGUCCCAGUCCCGCCAGGCGCCCCGUGGGCAUGGAGCCGUCAGCCUGUUGGCACAGCCGGAGCAGGAGGUACGGGUGGAGAACGCUCCGGUCUCAGCGCGCUGUAUGGUCACCGUGAAGCUGCAGGUUGAUGUGAGGAGGUUAACCAUGUCUCUUCUAAAGCGGUUCAGAGAGGGGUAGCUGCUGCUCUGGACAUCUCCCCCAGACACGUACACAUCAACAGACUCAAUGAGAGGAAGAAUGGCAUUGAGCUGUAUGUGUCAUCUGAUAGGCCAGGGGCCACGGAGCCCCUCCCAGCAGAGGAAGUUAUCCAAUCACUGAAC